GUACCGUACCUGCCUGUAAUAAGCCUGACUGCCCAUAAUCUGUUGUCUCGCCUGCAUUUCAACAUUCUUCCAAAGAUCUAGACUACAAGCUGUGAACAGAGGACCAUGGUCUUUAAUAGCUGGGACGACGACGACGCCUUGUAUCAUGAAUAUGGCAAGGUAUACGGUGAACGCUAUGAUGACUACGAUACCCAAUACCGUACCAACUUGGCCCGUCCAUUUGCCGCACUGAGUUUGUUGGGUUCCAUCUUUAUCAUUCAAGACAUUCUCCGUCAAGGACCUCUCUGUGCGAACAAUAGGCAGUGUCAAAAGAAACAACGCACUCGCAAUCGCACUGUCCAACAACGCAGUCAAAAUACAAUCAUGUGUCACAAAAUCAUGUUGGGUUUGUCCAUUUCCGACACGAUCACAUCGACCAUGUACUUGUUGGGGACGGUACUGGUACCACACGGCCAAGCAUGGGGAGCGCAUGGCACACGAGAAACCUGUACCAUGCAAGGAUUUCUGAUUUGGUACUUUAAUCCGUGCAGUCGCAUGUACAGUGGUACAUUGGCCAUCUGCUACGUGCUCAUGGUCCGGUAUGCCUGGACCGAAGAUCAAUUGGCACGGUGGUUUGUACAGUUGGCACUGCUGGGAUUCCCCCAUGUCAUUGCUAUAUUGGUAGCACUGCCAUUGCUGAUCGAUCAGAGUUUUAAUUUUGAUCAAGUGUCCGUGUGUGGACCAUCGACGUAUCCGACGUGGUGCAAACGAUUUGCGACACCCGAGACGGUUCAAGACGGACAAGUCGUUUGUAUUCGAGGAGGGCAUCUCAGUGUGGGAGGCACCAAAGUGGGAACUACCGCAUUCAAAAUCAUGGCACCCAUUGACAUGUACUUGGCGGGAAUCAUUAUUACCGUCUCCAUGAUGGUCCUGUAUUGGACUGUGCGUGCCAGAGAAUGGCGGAAUCGGCGGUAUGCAUUUCCUGGUACAGCAACAACUCCCCACAACAACAGCAAUAACAACAAUCCGCCCUCUUCUUCCAACAGCAGCAGCAGUAACAGUUGGAUCAUGACAUUGCCGCGCAGUUUUCGUCCCACCUUUUCACUAUUGCAAUCAUCAGCACAAUCAUCACAACCACCCCUCCGAUCGUCCGUGGUGGGAAUUCAAGGCGUUUGCUUUUGUUUGGCAUAUUGGUGUGCCGUCGGACCCUUUUUUGUCCUCAUGACGAUAUUCUGGUUUGGACUUGUGCCCUACAAGAGUCGACCCGAUUGGUUGUCUCCCUUGAUUGUGGUGACAUUGCCGUCGCAAGGAUUCUUUAAUGCGUUGGUUUAUCUACGACCGCGCAUUAUGGAAUGGUGUUGUCAGAGUCGACGACCGCAAGCACAACAACCAAUACGUCAACCCCCAUCACCACCUGCCAAUCACAGUAAUGGACAAGACACUGCCACCAAUAAUAAUCCUGCCAACCAGAGUGCUGACACUUUCGCGGUAUCGUCAUCGUUGUCACGCAACAACAGCAAUGAUCAGUUACCCUUUGGAGUGCAUACCACCUCCGACGAAGAGACUUUUGUCGCAGAGGAUAGCAAAGAGAAAAAUGACCCAAAGGAGGACGUGGAGACGCCGCUCCCAUCGUCCUCCUCCCAAGUUGUCAGCAGUACCACAACUGCGACAACCAAAGAAACAACAUCCGUCCGGUUUGCCCUUGACGACGAGGAUGAUUGUGAUGAUGAUGAUAAUGUUAAGGGUGGAGACGAUGCCAAAAAUGAAACCAUUGCAAACGAUGCAUGAUUGCUUAGAUUUGCAUGGAUGCAUGCAUGUGAUCAUUAUUUUGCCAACCAAGACAAGCAAACUGGAGGGCUUCUUGUUCACGUUCGUUCGUUCGUUCGUUCGUUCGAGUGUCGUACAGUACCAGCCACUACGGAUGCGUUUUUUGCAAAUCUCGCCCCAUUAGGAUUAUUUUGCUGCGGCAUCUUUCCUCCAGGCUUGUUUCGCUUGCCCCCCCCCCAAAAAAAAGCCAUGCUGCAAUCGGCAAGACCAACCAGCAGCAGCGAAUGAAUGAAUGAGCUCGCUCGUUCUUGAAAGAAGAAAACUGUGCUGUCCUUUCUCGGCAGAGAGAGAAAUCCAACAAUCCUCCCAAUCAUAAUAUUCUUCACAGAGAAUUGCUUCCAAGCAAGUGCUCCACCCUUGGAGUACGGCAGGGUUGCUUUGAUAUAGACGUAGGAGAGCUCAAGAGUACGUACUGAGUACGUGCUUUGGGCAGCAUGUAUCUAACUUGUUUGCUGUGAAAGACCCAAAGGGAGGGGAACCCGCGCUCCCUAUUUGCUAGCUGGCUGCGCUAGAAUGAUACGAGCACCCUUUAUCGUACGGAAAUCUUUUCUUGUUGUUUGCUGUAUGCAUUAUUUUAUGAUCUUCCGGUACGGUUUGUACCAGAUCAAUUGGCAUUGGAUGUAUCUUCCCCGCAGCGAGAAUCGAAUCCAUGGUGUCAGUGCGUGUUGGAUUUCGUGGUGCAAGUUCUUGGGAAAUAAUAUGACGCCAGUCCGCAAGAGCAAGGAGGUGAGAGCUUGCUACUAGCUAGCUAUGGUACGGUAGCAUAGUUGCUGCCUCUACCGCAUAUUUCAACCGAGCGAAGUCAAGCAAGGUCGCCCUUUCACGUAGUCCGACCAUGGACAUUCAUUCAAGUUGCGGGAGUGGCUUGCCCCACGGAAGGAAGCUCCUCCCCUCCCAUUCAACUAACUUAUCUCUUCAACUUUUUGUGUCUUUGGGGUGGAGAAUGCAUAGAGCGCUGUGGGAGUGGCUUGCGACACGGAAGGAAGCCAUUCAACUACCGGUAGUCUAACUUAUCUCUUCAACUUUUUGUUUCUUUGGGGUGAGAGCUGUGGGAGUGGCUUGCGACACGGAAGGUAGC